AUGUCAUAUUCUUCGCAUCCUUGUAAUCAGUCCUCUUGGGCAAAGGAAACGACGACCCAGGACUCCGACUCGGAGUCCCUGUCAGCCGCAUUGACAGGCUCUGGCGUUCGGACAGAUACUGAAUUUUCAAUGAACUCCGAACCAGACUCACUGGCAGGUAACAACUUUCCUGGCCAUUCCUACACUUCCCAAUACCAAAAUGCGGGGCAGCUUCUGCAUGACCGAGAAGUAGUUAUACCUCCAAAUUAUACCGCACCAGCCGCUGUGAGGCGCAUCUGCAGGGAGAAGACAGGCACUGACUGGCAGACGGUCUUUGAUGUUAUUAAAUACGGUGAAGACAACGCAUGCAGAAUGGACUUCAGCGGCAGUGAUUGUAGACAUGAGCCCAAAACGGAGAGCCGGUUCAACGUGGUUGACUCGGAUGGCAAGCCUAGUAAGGAUGUGGACAUGUUUGCUUGA